AUGCAUUUCGGCUGCGAUGCUUUGUAUACGAUCAGUCUUUCAUUCUUCCCCUCCAAUUUGGACAAUCUAGGAGUGAUGUGUACAGGAUCGUUUGCCAUUCAUGGAAUUGUGUCUUUUUGUGCGCUUUUGUUCAUAGAGAAGCCAACACAAUCGAAUUCUCAGAAUGUGCAGAUUCAGAAGCAAAAAAGAGAGGCAAUCACGAUCCUUUCUGAACAAAACAGCAAUGGCAACAGACUUCUCGAAAGCCCGCCAAGUUCCGAUCGGCGGAAAUGUCACUCAUUCCUCAUUUGUCAGGAUCUCGUAAAAUACUACGGAAAGUUACGAGUGUUGAAAGGAAUCACAUUUGACGUCCACCGGAAUGACUGCUUUGGAAUGGUUGGAGCUAGCGGAGCCGGCAAGACAACUGCAUUCAACAUUAUUGUCGGGCUAACUUACCCUAACUAUGGCGAAGUGCUGUUCAACAACUGUGCUACGGGAGGCGUUCCAAAGAUCGGAUUCUGUCCCCAAUUCGAUUCGCUGGCUGAUACUCUUUCCUCCUAUCAAAACAUGAUGAUCAUAGCAGGAAUGACAGGAUAUACAAAUCCCAGAAAAGUGGUUAAGGAGGUUUUGCGACAACUGCGUAUGACCGGCCACUGUCGAAAAAGCUUCAGUAGGCUAAGUGGUGGACAGAAACGAAGAAUAAGCGUUGGCGUGGCCAUAUUGAGUAACUCGAACCUUCUUGUACUCGAUGAACCCACAGCUGGCAUUGAUCCAAAGGCCCGACACUUUCUUUGGGACUAUUUGAGUGAACAACAGAAGAGAGACAGAGCAGUGCUGCUAUCCUCACAUUCGAUGGAAGAAUGCGAAGCGCUCUGCACCCGCAUAGGUAUUCUUUGCCAAGGAAAGCUUGUUGAAACCGGAGCUGUUCAAACGUUGAAGUCCAGGUGUGAAAUUUUUGUGGUUUUUGUACAGCUUACUCCUGGUCAAACAAUUGUAUGA